AUGUUUGGAACCCAGCUGACAGUCCUGAGCAGCCCUGUCCAUCUCCGCAACAGCACAGUAGGGCCGGCUGCACCUGAGAUCCCUGACUGUGAAGGAUCACUAACACCCCACCCUGAGCUACAGAGAAUGCAGGGCUUGCUCGCUCAGCUGGGGCUGUGGACGACACUGUUGCAGAACAUGACUGUCGACUCCGAUUGGUAUUACUGGCUCCUUCACGAGAUCAGGAGCCCCAGUGAUCGGUGCCGGGGAUGUCCACCCAGGACACGUGAUGUGCUGGCACUGUGGGGGGACACGCCCAGGGGUCUUUCAGGAACCUCGCACAGGUCCACACAGAAGACUUGCUCUUCGACAUCGUUGAGCUUUGAGCAGGGUGCUCUAGCGGGCUGCACUGAGCUGGUCUGGAAGGACCUGGAAGCUGCCCCGUGUCCUGUCUGCAGUCCUGGAUAUGCCAGCGUGGACGUGCAGAGGCCGACAGUGUCGCCGUCAGGGACCGUCCUGCCGGCCCGCGAAGCCAGCCCCGCCUCUGAAGGGGCGUCGAGCAUGUGUAUCGAGCGCCUUUUGGUUCCAGACACGCUGCGUGACACAGAUGUGUCAGUGAGAUUCUGGGUUACAAAGAGCAGGAACGACUUUGGAAUAACUCUGCCUAAAAGAGAGGGAACGGACUGGAGGGAUGGUCAGCAGCUCACAGAGCUGCCCAAGGGGCUAGAGAGCGGCGGAGGGAAAGCGGGCAGGAUGGAGGAGACCGGGGGCCAAGCCGCAGGCGGGACGGUCUCCAGGGCCCACACGCCCCUGCUCCGCGUGCCGCGGAAAAAACGCAAGAGGGGAGCUUUGCCUGCUGAUGAGAAGAAAUCACUCGACCCGGCGGUUCUGCGGCACCGGCGUGAGCCUGGCGGCUUCCCAUCGGGCUCCCUCCUCCCCCCGCUGCUGGGGGUGUCAGGGGCCCGCGGUGCACGGAGCCCCCCAGCAGCAGGUUCUCAGGCCCAGCAGUGGAGAGUGACAGGACGCCACAACGUGGAGGUGGUGGGCGCAGGUUGCCAUGACAACACAGCUGCCGCCUCCCUCCCCGAGCUUCAAGAGCAGGGUGUGGGACAGAAACUGGACCUGCACUCUGGGGUGACAGACACCCUGACCUUCACGGCACGAAUUGUGCCGACACACCAGGGAGGUGCCCAGAGCUCGAUGGCAAGCACAGCUCGGGGGGCUGUUAACCGGGCCGGCAGGUACCGGGCGUUCCUGGCGAGGCUGGGCUGCGGGCCGUGA